AUGGACGAUACAGAGACGCGCUUGCCGUCGCCCCCGUCGACGUCGACGCGCCCGGCCACCCCGCCGCUCCCCAACGUCCCGCUCGCAGACCUCUUCUCGCCCAACUCGCCCCCCAGCUCACGCCCACGCACACCUCCUCUGCCUGGCCGGAGCCGCAGCGGCAGCGCCGGUGUCAAGCGCGAGGAUGGGGAUGCAUACCUCAAGCGCGAGCACGGCGGCGAGGGCCCCGAGGGAGAUUUCCACCACCAACACCGUGCGCGCUCGCGCUCUGGCAGCGACGGCUACGGCUCGGACACCAAACCCGGCGAGUCGUCGCGCUACGGCUACGACGGCUACGCCAAGAAGAGCACCUCGCCGCCCAUACCUGCCGGACCGACACUCAUCCCCGACCUGCCGCUGGCGUGGGACGAGGCCGGGGCGACGUUUGAGAGCCUCGAGCGCUGUGUGUAUGAGCGCAAGGACCUCGGUCUGAGUCGCGAGCAGGACGAGAUGAUGGUCUGCGACUGUGUCUACGAUGCAGACGACCCCAUAGGCUCUGCGUGCGGCGCCGAGUCGGACUGCAUCAACCGCGCCAUCUUCAUCGAGUGCUUGGCCAACGAGUGCCGCGCGGGCAAACACUGCCGUAACCAGCGAUUGGCCAAGAAGCAGUAUGCGGCUGUCGAUGUGGUCCAGACGGAGAUGAAGGGAUUCGGCCUGCGUGCGCGCGAGGACAUACCUGCCGGCGCACUCAUCUACGAGUACAUCGGCGAGGUGGUGGUGGAGAAGACGUUCCGCAAGCGCAUGGCGCAGUAUGCCGACGAGGGCAUCAAACACUUUUAUUUCAUGAUGCUCCAAAAGGAAGAGUACUUGGACGCGACCAAGAAGGGCGGAAUCGGACGUUUUGCAAACCACUCGUGCAACCCUAACUGCGAGGUGCAAAAAUGGGUUGUGGGACGCCGCCUGCGUAUGGGCAUCUUCACCAAACGCGACGUCCUCAAGGACGAGGAGAUUACCUUCAACUACAAUGUGGACCGCUACGGACACGAGGCUCAGACAUGUUACUGCGGCGAGCCAAACUGCGUGGGCACGAUUGGUGGCAAGACCCAGACGGAUAUCGGUGGCAUCGACGACCUCUUCCUCGACGCCCUGGGUAUCAUGGACGAGGUCAAGCAGGGCGGCAUGAAGGGUACAAGGAAGAAGGCGGCCCGUCAACUGGCCGAGAAUGACUAUGACGUGAGUUAUCCCGUGUACACCUUGAGCUCACGCCAGCCGGUUCUUCACCCCAUCCAGGAGCACCAGGCCACCAAGGUCGCCGCAGCCAUACGCCAAUCGAUGGAGAAUCCCAGAAUGAUGGGUCUGCUCCUCAAGCGUGUCAAGGUGGGUUAUCAUUUUCAUGUCGCUGCUAACCCUCAGAUGUCCGAGGACCCCGUUGUCCAGCGCCAGCUUAUGCGCAUGCACGGCUUCAGCCUGAUGACCAUGAUCCUUACCGACCUGUCCCAGGACCGCAACAUUGUCCUUCUUGCACUUGAGGGUCUCAUCAACUGGAAGCUCACUAUCCGCAACAAGAUUGAGGACUCCAACAUUGAGGACACAAUCAAGACGCUGCGUGACGGUCCUGACGAGGAGCUCUCGGCGCUUGCCAAGCAGCUCCUCCAGUACUGGAGCACCUUGGAAAUGUCGUACAAGAUCCCGCGUGUCAACAAGAUUGCAUCGCUCGACGACGAUGACGCGAGGGACACCACCACUAUUGCCGAGCAGGAUGCCAUCCCACGACGACACGUGCGUAUGGACGAGUUGGCCAACACGGACAUGAUCCAGAUCGAUCUCGCUCCCAUCCGUCGUGGCCCACCGCCUCCUCCAGUGCGACACCGCCCACCCCCUCCUCCCAUGCCACGACCCGUGCAGCAGACCCCCUCGAGCGACCGCGUCAAGCUCAACGCCAUCAUUGCCAUGGCUCAACAGGCCCAGGUCGCUGCUCCCGUCACUCCGCCAGUAGUCGCGGCGAGCUCGUCACGUCCAGAGGCAAGUGAGCCGCGCAAACGCCAAAAGACGUCGCACCGCUCCACGACGGCCGAGGAUGAGGCCAAGAAGGAGAAGCGCCUCACCAAGCUCGUCGGAGAGGUCGUCGUCAGGUCCAUGUCCAAGUACAAGGACCAGAUGGAGCACGAGACGUUCAAGCGUUACGCCAAGGAGUGUACUGCUCUGCUUGUUGACAAGGAGAAACGCGGGCACACUUACGCCGCCCACCGCCACCCCUCGCUGUCCGACGAGAAAAAGGCCAAGAUCAAGGCUUUCACGAAGGACUAUGCGCACAAGCUCCUCCGCAACCUCAAGGCCAAGGGCAAGCUCAAGAAGGUCGUGCCCGGGUCGAGCGAUGUCAACGGCUCGCACCUGCAGGUGUCGUCACCGCUGGCCACGCCUGCCGUGACACCCGGGGCAUCGUCCCUCACCCCCGGCACCACGCCAGGCGGCACGAUGAACACCACCCCCACGGCUUCGCACGGAACCCCCAACGGUGGCGCGGCCCUCUUGGACGACAUCUUUGGCGCAGACGACCCGGACGACGACGAUGACGGAGACAUGGACGUCGACAUUGACAUCGACGAUGUGGGCACCCCCAAUGCUGCCACGCCGUCGGCCUCGGCGUCCGGCGCAGACCACACCCCGGCCCCCACCACGCCCCCUCUCCCUGCCAGCCCUGCAAAUGCGCCCAAGGCCAUUGUCCUCGACCACGCCAGUGGCCCAUUCAUCUCGUCCAAAUCGGGACCCAUCCUUGUUGACCGUGUGCAGAACCUCCGCGUCGACCAGCGUAAGGAGUGA